GGUUAAUGUUUACCCGCGUCUUUUGAAUAUCAUAGAAACGUGUAAACAUGAUGAGUUUAAGUCUUAAAGGCUCCCAAAUAAGCCCAUGCAAGUCAGCAAUUAGCAGUAGUCGUUUGCCAGCAAAAACAUAUAAUGAAAACUCUCGAACCAGAAACGGGACAGAAAAUAUUAGAAACAAUGGAAAUUCCUUUCAAGGCCCAGAAAUUUCUCCUAGUGCUUCGGCGCCAUUAGUUAAACGGAAGUUGGAAUCCCCUGACAAUUUAAUUACUAAGGACGGCGAAAACUUGCUCAUCGAUUUCAAUAACACAAUUCACACCGAUUCAUUAACAUUUAAGAUAGGUAAAUGUAGUUCAUGGCCGAGUGAAUCGAAUGAUAAAAGUGUUUCAAGAUGGCUAGAAACAAAUUUUCAUGAUCAAAACGACAGCGGUUUUAAUUGGGACGGUCAAAAUGAUGAUGACAUUUUGACACUAUACUCAGACAAAAAAAGUGAAGACUUCACAGGUGGAAAAAAUUUAGACACAAUAGUGGAUAGUUUAGACUUGAAUAUAAAUCCAAGAUUCGAAAGUAUCUCUAUGGAUAUAAAGCAAGUUAUAGGUGAUGAUGGUGAUUUACAAUACACAGAUAUCAAUGAGAAAACAGAUACUCCACCUCCAUGUUUAGUUAGACCUUCAUCUAAUUCAGUCAACACUGCACGCCAGAUAAGUGACUUCAAUGAUGAAUUGAAGUUGCUAACCUCAACUUUGCAUGAUGACAAUCGACGUAAUUCAGCGGCGACUGUUAUACAAAAGUUUUGGAGACGUCAUAGAAGAAGAUAUUUAGCAGCUGAAGCUGUAAUGUAUCGUCUACUUGACGAUCAAAAACGCAGAUUAAGUAAACAGAACAUAAAUAAUGGACAACCUAUUCAUUCAGUUCUACAAAAUCGUCAAAAUGUGUUAAAACAGAAAAGGAAACAACGACAUCAAAAUGCUAUUAAAAUUUUGCACGAGAAUCGAUCCACUAAAAGUUCACAAAGGCAAGAAACUUUAGAGAAUAAGGGAGAAGAAAACAGUGUGCCUGAAUCAAUCCUUGCAUUUGGUAACCAAAAGGACCGUACAAAUGAAGAUAAAUCAAAUGCUUUGAAUAAGCCCAUAUUUCCUACCAAAGCUAAUCAAUAUAAGACUUGCAACCCUGAUAUUGAUAUGACCAAAACUACAAAACAAAAUGUACACAAUGAAAUUGAACAAGUCGGUAGGGAGAACAACAGUCUCUGUCAGACUGAGUUUUGCAGUCUACGGAAUGAUGGAAAUAACAGGACAAUCGAUCAACAAAAAGACGUAUCUGGGGUUAAAAACAUGUCAGCUGUAGAUAACAUACUUCAGGAAUUAAAACAGCUAGAAAGCGUGGAAUUCUUAAAUUAUUGCUCAACGAAUGAUCCAGGUAUCAAUAUUGAUGUGUCAAAACAAGUUUCCUUGCAGAAGUGUCCCAUUCCAACUACAUGGUCUGAAAUGAUCAAGGAUAUUAGUCGCGUUCUAUCUGAGGCUGAGCAAGAUGAAGUGAAUUCAACCAACUUCAGGAAAUAUUGUAGUGUUCAACGAUCUACAGGCUUAAAAGGUGUUCGAAAUCGAUCUGCUUCUACAUUAUCCAAUUAUUCUUCACUUGCUCAGUCAAAUUUGUCAGGUCCAUCUACAAUAACUACAAACAAACAUACGUUCCUGAGUGAAGAGAAUUGUGAUUCACAUACCAAACAUAUGGAGCGGGUUUGUUCACGGCAAAAGGCCCAAAAAGAACUCGAUCAAUCUAUAUCUCAAUGUCGAGAAAAAUUGACUACGUUCAUCCAGUCAAAUCACAAUAAUGUAUGUCAUAAUCUUCCAGAAUCAAAUGGCGGUAAUACUGGUACUAAUCAACACACAAAAAUUUCUAAGAGUCGAAGCUCUUCUACAUCACAAAGACCAUCUUCUGUAAAAAAUCAAACAACUUCUAGAUCUUUACAAUCUAGCUGCUUUAAAAGCCCUAUGAAUCUAUCAAGUGCUCAUUUGCUGCAUGCAAAUUCUGUUGGAAAAAAUGCUGAAAGUAAAUUAUCCUACAAAAAUCAUGUGGGAUAUAGUACACAAAAUCUUUAUGAAAGUGUAUCACUGAAGGAUGAAAUGAAGCAGAUAAUUCAAAGCGAUGAUGGAUAUAUCACUACUGACAAUGAAUGUUUGAUGUUGAAACUUGAAGAGAAAGAAGGUCAAAUAAAACGCUUACAGAGAAUUAUAGAGCAUCAAAGAGAACUGUUUUUGAGGCAGUCAGAAGACACACAACGAGAUGGUGAUCGAAGAGUAGAAUCAAUUAAAGCUGAUUAUGAAUGUACAAUUAACCGAAAUUACAAACUAAUUGAUGAAUUAAUUGAAGAGAAAAAAUCGCUCCAUACAAAAUGUGAAGAACUUUUAGAAGAACUAAAGACAGUGACAAAGAAAACGAACGAAAAAAUUAAAGCACUUGAAGAAAGACACAAAGUUGAGAUGCGAAAAGUAGAGGCCAAACAUUUAGCUGCGGAAAAGCUACGUCGAGAAAAGUGGGAAACAGAAAAAGCAAAACAUUUUAAAGAAGUUACUAUUCGUGGGAUGGAAAAUGAAAUAGCCCAAAUGAUCGCAAAUCACAAGGCUGAAAUGGCAACUUUGCGUCAGUCAUGUGCUGAACAAAUUCAAGCAGCUGAUGUACGCGCCUAUCAAGCUUAUAUGAGUCACAUUGAAGAACUAAAGCAGACAUUGAUAAAAGAAAAAGAUGAAGCCUGCUCUAGAGAAAGAGAACUUGUUGAACAACGAUUAAAUCAAACUUUAGCAGAAGAACGUAGUUCUUUUGAGGCUCAUCGACGUAGAUUGUUAGUUGAGAUUUUUGAUGAACGUGAAAGAUUGACAUUGACUGCAUCUAAACAAAGGGCUGAAAUGGAUACUCUUAGGAGCAAUUUAGAAGUUGCCUUGAAACAAGCUAACGAACAACAUGAAAAAGAAACCCAACAAAUAAAGGCGGAUUUGAGUCAAAGACAUAAGGAUGAAAUAGCUGAGUUGAAUCAACGUAAUUUGGCUGAACGUACAGCAUGGGAAGAACAUACUAAAUCAUUAUUAGAAUCCCAGUAUAUAUCUAGAGAGACUUUAUUGAAGGAACAACUCAAGAAAGAACGAGAUCGCUUGUUAGAAUCUGCAGUCCAUCGCCUUGAAGCUGAAGCAAAUGAAGCAAGGUUAGAAACUGAUCGUCAGGCGGAGCUGAAGUUGAAACGUGUACGUGAAAAAUUCCAAGCUGAAAUCGAGGAACUUGAACGAUCAGAGAGACAAGCAAUGGAGAAAUACUGUCUGAUGAAGGUCUGUAAAAUUUUACCACUGUAAAAUCUAUGAUUACUAUUAGUUUACUUGCAACCUAUUGAUGAAUUAGAAAUUUAAGUUCACCGACUGAUAAAUAUCCGUAUACUUUUAGGCCAGAUACAUUUUAUUUGUGAAGUUUAACCUUUCAGUUCGAUAAAGAGCUCUAUUCAUUGAUGGAUACAGAGAUUUUUGUGACCAAAAACUACUUUUCACAUCAGCGAACUACUUGCAACAGAGUUUUAUAAAAACACAACAGUAAACAUUUAUCUCUUGUAUUCAUCUCUUUAUAGACUCAAUUUUUAGAUAAAGAGCAUGAAGCAGAUAGACUUCGGUCACAGUUGACGCAGAAAGAUCAUGAGUUAGCUGAAGUUCGCUUGUUAUACGAAAAACUUAACCAAGAACGCCAAAACCUUUCAGAUGUAAUACGUCAGGAAUUUGCUGAUCACCUUGUUUACGUAGAAGAAGAAAAUAGGUCGAUGAAACGUGAGUUAGCCGAACUCAAGGCCCAUUUAAAAGCUGAAGAAGAAAGACAUGAAAAAGAGAUUGAUGCUAUUAAGAAAUUGAACAACUCGGAAAUAGAAACAGUUCACCAAAAGUAAUGGCAAACUUUGAUUUUGAGUUUCAUCGUUUGUUUUUUCUAUUUUUUUUGUUGAUAACCCUAUUAUUUCAUGUUAUUCAUGAGACCUGGUAUUAGAUGCUUGAAAAAGCGCUGACAAGGUGCUGUGCCAUAAACUUUGGUGAUGAGUUAGCGACAGUUUUUUGUCUGCAGCAUGCAUUUAAAACUGAGGAACGUUGGAUUUUAAUUUUCGCAUUUUUGUUAUAUUCCAUUUUCAUGUGAAAAGUGAAAAUAUUUGUAUUUGCUUUUGUUGGUAUAAAGGAUCCCUACUAGUCAGAUUCUAUUUAGAUGUGUGCAACCUGAGGGGGUUGCCUCGACAUUACCUUUGUCUUAGAUUUUAGUAUGUUUGGAUGAACGUUUGACUUAUGACUUGGAUUUUUUUGUAAUAAUAAUAAUAGGAUAAUACAGACUCCUAAAAAUGAAUCCAUAUACGUUGAACUGGGUCAACUAAAUUCAGCAGCUUAUUGGAUAGGCCUUUGGAAUUUAAAGCAAUAUAUACUGGGUUCGAGUCUUAGUCUGAAAGUCCAGGCUGGGAUGCAAGUAGAUCUCGUUGACGAAUCUUGAAUAGGAUGAAACGCGCAUCGUGGAUUCCUCUGCAACCCACGAUUUAAAAAGUGAAAGUAGUUUACUUAAUGAAAUUAAACUGUUAGAAGGAAGAAGUUCUUGUUGCUUGAUCUAACAUAAUACAACCAAUUGUUUUGCAAACACUGCACCGCCAAGUGUCUUGAGUAUAACUUGCAGUUAUAGGUAAAUAUAUGUUUGUAAAGAGGAUGAAAGGCAAUGUUCCACAUAGAAUGUAGUUUUAUAAGUGAACAAUAAAUCUAUCUCCGUAAAGCAGACAAAAUUUUUUUUACCUUUUAUAGAAUUAAAGAGAUCAUCAAAAAGAAAGAGGAAAAAUUUGCCGUAUUCCGAGAGAGCUUUCAAAAUGAAAUUGAGAAGAAGGAUCGUGAAUUGGAUGCAGCCAAUCAGAGAGCUCAACAUUUGGAAGAGUUGAUAGACCACCAAAGAAAACAGUUUCUACAAAUCAAUCACUAAAACUUUUUGAUAAAAAUACGGCCAUGUUUAAGAAUUAAAAUGUAUUUUUAAGAUGUUUCAUUUGGAAAUACUCAAUCGUUACUUAAAUAUCCCUUUCAGGGCAACUUUCCCAAAUAAUUUUUUAAAUUGAAAAAUGCUACAUGGAACAGGUUUUUUGAUUAUAACAUUCUACAUUAUUUCUAGAACAAAAAAUUAUUCCAAUAAGCCUACCGUCCAAAAUAUUUCAACUCAAAAAUUGAUUCAUGCCUUUUAUGUGAUUACUGGUAGGUAUAGUUUUCCAUAAAAAGCACCACAAUAGGGAAAUAUAAGCAUAUAGUUAUUUACUGAACAGAUAACUAGAAAAACAAAUAUACAAACAUAAUUCUACACAAAGAUUUCUGGGUUCAAGGUUUCACACGUCGUAUAAGAAUAGAGAAUCAACAAAAGUGAAAAAAUAAGAUAAAAUAAACCGUUUUUAGUUCAGGAAAAUAUAAGUAUAAGGAAGAAGUAAACGAUCACUUAUUAACAGUUCUAUUGUGAUCGAACCCGAAAUGAAAAUGAAGAAACCAGUUUACUUACUUAAGUAAAAACAGAAGAAAGAAACCAUCUGCUAAUUUUAUGAAAUAAAAUUUACUAGCAUACGUUUUAAGUUUAUAUUUUCAUACUUCUAGUAUGUUUGUGAAAAUAAGGUGAUCGCUUUGAAUGUUUAGAUUUUAGUAAAAAAAACAUGCGGGAUCUUGAAAAACAGUAGUUCAAGAUACUGAGUAAAGUCAGAUAAUGUUUACUCUACUUCUGUCUUAUUUAUAAAGUGUACGUAUUUUUAACAAAAACUUAAAAAGACUCUUGUAUCACUAGUCACAAAAUAAUACCACCAUUUUUAGGUUUGACUUUAUUACUUAACAUAAAAAGCCAACGUUCAUGAAAGUUUAAGGUCACUAGUCAUUAAAAAUAAUUUCAAUAGUCCUGUUAGAUAGCUACAACUUAUUGGUAUUGGUGUAUUUGUGAUUGCAGAAUUUUCACAGUUUGAACCACGGACUGAUUAAAGCUAAACAUUAAAACCGUUGGAUAACGCUUGGAGACAGUAUUCGCGCGCGGAACUUAAGGUCUUAAGUUGGACUUUGGCAUGCGAGGCCGGAUAAGUGCACUUCUGUGAUGUCCCAAAUUAGGACAUACUGACCGUCCAAUGCUUCUAGU